UCACAGAGCGCAGCACCGAAUUAGCUCGUACACACGCGGCCUGCCAGGGCCCAUCACACUCCACAGCGCACCACUCCACAGCGCACCACUCCACCAAUCGCCAAUCCACUACAAUGGCAAUGUCAGCCACGGACGAGAAACAAGACCCAAACCGUCGCCCCGCCUCGCCCUCACCCUCGGUAGCCGCGCCAGACGCGGACGCAGGGGCGGCUAAUAAGACAAAUGCAAACAUAGCAUCGUCAGAUGGCGGCGACGAGAAACAACAAGGCCCGGCCCUGGACACCAGUGGCAGCGACAUUGAUGGCCUCAAGCCGGACCCCGCCACUUCCGAAGACACUCACACCCCGGCCGAGCAUGAGUACAUUGAUGGCUGGAGGCUGUUCGCUGUCCUGACCGCGCUCACCCUGACGUGCUUCUUGAUGCUGUUGGACAUGUCCAUCGUCGCAACGGCCAUCCCGCGCAUCACAACAGAGUUCCACUCGUUGGAAGAUGUUGGCUGGUACGGAGCCGCAUACAACCUGGCUAGCGGCGCCCUCCAACCCCUGGCCGGCAAGUUUUACACCUACUUCAAGUCCAAGUGGACCUUCCUCAUCUUCGUCUUCAUCUUCACGCUGGGCUCGCUGCUCUGCGGCGUAGCUACGUCAUCCAAUAUGCUCAUUGUGGGCCGCGCCGUGGCCGGCAUGGGCACCUCGGGCAUCCAGAACGGUGCCAUGACCAUCAUUUCCAACUCGCUGCCCCUGGAGAAGCGUCCUAUGCACCUGGGAAUCCUACUUGGAUUUGGCCAACUCGGUAUUGUCAUCGGACCGCUUCUGGGCGGCGCUAUCACAGAGUACUCGACGUGGCGGUGGUGCUUCUACCUCAACCUCCCCUGCACGGCCGCCGUCGGGCUGGUGCUGUGGUUCACGCAUAUCCCCGAGCGCGUUGCCGUCGUAGACCACUCAGCAUGGGAGACGGUGCGCACUAAGCUCGACCUGUCGGGCUUCGUCAUGUUCGCCCCCGCUGCCGUCAUGUUUCUGCUGGGCCUUGAGUACGGCGGUGGCAAGUACUCGUGGAGCUCGGCCACGGUGCUGGGCUUGUUGAUCGGCUCCGUGGCGCUGUUUGCCAUCUUCUUCUUCUGGGAAAGGAAACAGGGUGACACCGCCAUGUUCCCCUUCUCCAUGCUCCGCCGUCGGGAGGUCUGGACGAGCAUGCUGACUGGCAUGUUCAUACUGGGCGGCGUCAUCUUCAUCCCGGCCUUCUACCUCCCAAUCUACUUCCAGUCCGUCAAGGGCGACUCGCCCUUCACCAGCGGGAUCCACGUGCUACCCAACAUCCUGAUGUCGACCUUCUUUGCCGUCUUGAGCGGAGCUCUUGUUACCCGGCUCGGCUACUAUAUUCCAUGGGUGCUCUUCAGUGCCGCCGCUGCCAGCAUCGCCUGCGGCUUGCUCUCAACACUGGGUCCGGACUCGACGACAGCUCAGUGGGUUGGAUACCAAAUACUGUUGGGGUCGCGCGGAGCAUCGCUGCAGAUGCCCAUGAUCGCGAUCCAAAAAGUUCUCCCGCAGUCGAAGAUCUCAGUUGCUAUGGCGCUGCUCGUCUUUGCGCAGACAUUUGGCAGCGCCGUGUUUCUGACCAUCUCCCAGACCAUCUUCAGUAACAGCCUGUCAAAGUACGUGGCCGAGUACGCGCCCAACGUCAACUUUGGCAAGUUGCUGGCUGCCGGCGCUACGGGCGUCCACGGGGUCGUGUCCGACGCCGAUCUACCGGGUGUCCUCCUCGCCUACGCCAACUCGGUUGACCGCGUCUUCUACUUCUGUGUCGCUGCCGCCGUGGCCGCGUUCUGCGCCGCCUGGGGCAUGGGUUGGCAUGAUUUGCGGGUCAAGCACGAGUCUGAGAGCCACGCAUAAGUUGGUAAUGGAUGUGUCCGCGUUUGGAUGUGUCGCAUAUACAACUGGGGGGCGGGGAUCAAAAUCGUUUUUUGUCGACCUUGCAUCAGCACCAUGCAUCUUGCAUACGAUUUUGAAUUUGGCAGGGGCGGGAAAGAACAUGGAGGAAAUCAUCUGCCAGGCGCGCGCGGCUGUUGAGAUGUCUUUGUUUUCGUGGCUUUUUUUUGCCGCGGUGGUCCAAGACCCCAAGAGGGUUUCACUCUAGACGCUGCUCAUUUUUGUAACAUUCACUUAUUCUUUGUUGUCUUGUAUUUCAUUUGUUGUUAUCUACCUCAGGAUUUGGAGGUGAACUUGGAAACAGAGCUUGAGGAGUUGGGAGCAGGAAAUGAAUGAUUAGAUUGGGCGGACUUGCUGAUACACAAAACGGAAAGAAUACCCCUCAAUAUAUAGAGAUACUUGUCUAGCUGCCUGCAUCGUCACGCGCUCAACGACAAGGUGAUGUGCAACGCCG